AUGACCGACUCCCCCUUCCAGGCUCCUGCACUGCAGGUGUUGUGGCAGGCGGUGACCUUCGAUCCAAUGGACUUCCAGUGCUGGACAGCCCUCUUAUCGCAGGUGGAGUCGGUCGGAUCCUCGGCGGAUGCCCACCGCGCUUACGAUGAGUUCCUGCGGCAGUUCCCCUUGUGCUUUGGGUACUGGAAAAAGUACGCCAACCUGGCAAGAAAACACCCGGCCCCUCCAACGUCAGCAGCAGCCUCCACCUCCACCGGUGGCGCCGCUGAGCAUACCAACCCCUCUACUACAAGCCGGGGGGGGCACGAAGAGCGGGGGGGCGUGGACGGGGGGGCGGGGGGCGGGAGUGAGUCGUUGUCGCCCGAGGCGCGGCGGGCCCAUGGGGUGUACGAGCGCGCGGUGUCGGCGGCUCCGUUCUGCCUCGAGCUUUGGGAGGCAUUUGUCGGAGAUGUCAUGGGCGAGGGAGGAGGGGUCGGGGAAGAAAUCGGAGUUGGUAAAGGCGGCGGCGGUGGUGGGCGGGCGGCAGACGUCAGAAGGGUGUUCGAGCGGGCGCUGGAGGCGGUGGGCGACAACCCGGGAGCGGGGCCUCUGUGGCGCACAUGUGUCGCGUUCGAAGAAGCCCAGGGCGGGCGGCGCGGUCCGCUGAGGGUGACUAGGCUGUACGAGCGAGCCUUCGGGCACCGCCUCAAGGACCUCGAGGUGCUCUGGAUCGGCUUCAAGGAGUUCGUCGACGGCCUGCCGUGGGGCAAGCUCAGGCCUUCGCCGCCGCCCCCGCCGCCACCGUCGGCAACGUCAAACGCAACUGGGGAGGGUGAGGCCACCGCCGUAGCCACAGCCGCUGCUGCCGAAGGCGACGAUGCCGUGGACGACGACGACUUCGAAGUGGCCGAGGCUGCGUUGGUGGUGGCGUCGUCUGCAGAGGAGGGUAGCACCGACGCCGACAAGAAGGCCAUGCUGGUCAGGACUCUGGGAGAGAAGCGGAAGGCGUCCCUUAGGGGCAGGCAACGGCGGGAGAGCUUCGAGCGGCGGAUAAGCAGACCGCAUUUCCACGUGAAGCCGCUCGACGACGCCCAGCUCUUGGCGUGGUCGCAGUACCUGGACUUCGAGCAGGCCCAGGCGGCCGGAGCCGAGAGAGGUCGCGGCGAGGGGUUGUCAAGCGCGGUCGCUACCCCUGGACGGAAGCGCCGGCGAGGAGGAGGGGAGGGCGAGAACGGCGAUGGAGGUAGCGGCAGCAACCGAGGGAGGGGCUCUCGCGGGAGCGGAGAUGUCGAGAGGCUUUUCGAGCGCUGCCUUGUGCCCUGCGCCUCCUACUCCUGGCUCUGGGAACGCUACGCGCUGUGGAAGGAGUCUGUUCGGGGCCUGGAGUCCGCGCUAGAGGUGGCGGAGAGAGCGUGCUCGCCCUUCCUGAGGUGGCGACCGGAGGCUCUGUUCUUCAAGGCGGAGCUGUUGGAGAGGGUCGGCCGGAAGGAGGAGGCGAGGAAUGUUUACCAGCACGUGCUAUCGGAGGUGGCGCCGGGCCUGGUCGAGGGAGCGUGCAAGCUUGCGUGUUUCGAGAGGAGGUGCGGGAACCGCGAGGCGGCUAGCGCGGCGUACCGGUCGCUUCUGCCACCCCCUUUAGGCCUGCCCGCAGGAGGAGGAGGAGGAGGGGAGAAGGGAGGGAAGUCGUCGCAUUGGGAGGAGACGACGGAAACUACGAGACCCUACCUGUACAUGCAGCUGGCCAGGUUCCAGCAGCGCGUCCUGGGUAACCCGGGCUCCGCGAGGGCGACGUUCCGCGCAGCGGUGGGCGACAUCCCUGGCAGCCGUGAGCUCUGGCUGGCGUUUUUGGAGUUCGAGGCUGCUCAACCUCAGGCCCUGCACGCUGGCCGAGUAGAGGCGGCUUUUCGGAUGGCGAUAGGUGACGGAGGCGGUGGAACUGGGGCAGGAGGUGCCAAGAACACCAGCGGCGAGGAAAACGACGACGGCGAUGCCCGGCGGUUGACGGUCGAAGAUCGCGCGGACCUCUGGGAGUGGUUCGAGGAGUUCGUCGAGGACCUGUGCAUGGACGUCGCCAAGGUCAUGAGCGUGCGGGCGGAGCACAGAGCGUGGACCCGGGCUCAUGGGACGGGGGCUCACGAGGCCGCCGCCGCCACCGCCGCUGCUGGUCAAGAAGCCUCUGCGGCAUCCGGUUCCGCAGUUGGCCCCCCGCAAGCUUCACGAUCGAGCGAUCGCGGCAACGCCAACGACAAUGGCAACGGCAGCACCGGUCCCGCAACCUGCACCGGUGCCGCCCCAGCGAAUCCUCACCGCCCCGGUAACGCCACCGCUGGGGGCGGUACCCGAGGCUACGCUGGAAACCCGGGUGUCUCGUUAGAUGCGGCUAGCGCCGGCGGGGCGAUGAUUGGGGUCACUGGUGACCAGCAGAGGAGAAACGAGUGGUCGGCGUACUACCAGCAGCAGCAGCAGCAGCAGCAACACGUGAUGGGGGUCUCGGAUCCUCCCUCAACUGAAGCAGCGCCAAGCGGCGGGGCGGCGCAUCCGGCCACGUUCGGGCAAGGACCUAGCUCGUGGAGCCCGGCAAUGAUGGAGCCUGCGGCAGCGGGGGCGUGGGGAGCCCUUCCCGCCAAUCCGGGACUACCAAACUUUGUUCCUGGUACAGAACCAGCAAGCGAUGCGCCAAGGCGGGAGCCACCCCCCCCCCCCCCAACCGCGGCAGCACGGCCAGCAAGGGUGGAGAGGCUAGGAUAGGUUUGGUUGGGAAGUGGGGUGGUCGUGUCAUUGCGUACGAUUUCCUGUGGGGUUGAGAAGGCGGCCUUUGGUUUUGACGGUAUGUAUGUCAGCUGCGGGUUUGUGUUCUUCUUUGAUCCUGGCGGAAAGAUCACGUUGUUUGUGCGAGGAUGUUCUCACAAUCUCGACCACGGCACCAUACAUCAUGUGAUAGGAGCGGCACAUGUUGUUGUUUUUGGAAGUCGUGAGCUCUUUGAUCUUGGAUUCCUCUUUUUUAGGCCGCCGUUUCCACCCCUAAAAGCUUGUUGCUCCAACUGC